GCUCGAUAAAUCCAGCCUCAGCCUGAGCCUGCAAAGUGCGUCACUGAGCUGAGCUGUUGAGAAUUAACACUCCAGUUCAACCGUUCGGCACAGGCGCGCAACACCCAUUUCUUUCUUCUUUUUGGAAUACAACGUCCUUGUGGCGCGAUGGUAAAGAUCGCUUUCAACCCGGCUCUGGCGCAGAAAGCUCUCGUCAAGGAGCCUAUUGUGAAGGACCCCGAGCUCGCCGCUGCUCCGGUGGGCAUCGCAGGCUCCACAGGUCGUUGUUUGGUCACGCUGCUGGGUAUCGCCUUCAUCCUAAGUGGACUCAUCGUCGGGGGAGCAUGUCUCUAUCGCUAUUUUACUCCGAAGAGGCUGUAUCACGGUACCAUGCAGUUCAGUGACAUGUCAACUGUUGGCGAUGCAGAGAGACAGCCUUACUAUCUCCCACGGGUGGAGGAAGAGGUAGAAAUUACUGACAGCAUGGCUGUCAUCAGCGUCCCACCUCCCCGUUUCAGGCCCGGAGAACCCGCUUACAUCCUCCAUGACUUCAACAGGAAGCUCACUGCAUAUUUGGAUUUGACUCUGAGGACGUGCUUUGUGAUUCCGCUUAACACGUCGGUGGUGCUGCCUCCUCAAGACCUCAUUGACCUCUUCUCACAGCUGAUGUCUGGCUCGUACCGCAGCUACCUGGUGCAAGAGGACCUUGUGGUGACCGAGCGCAUUGAUGACAUCAAGCCUCUUGGCUUCUACAUCCGCAGACUGUGCGCUGGCAAAGAAACCUACAGAAUGGAGCGCCGAGCCAGCCUACCAGAUGGAGGCAUCCAGAAGCGCUCAGCAGAGGAGUGCCUCACCUUCCAUCACUUUGAAAACAAGUUUGUAACGGAGACUCGGAUCUGCAAGGCUUGAUGGGAGCGUGGUCCGAAUGCGAUGGCGGUAGCCCGAGCAACGGAGGCAGAGAGGAGUUGGUCGGAGUAGGAGGCAGAGGAAGCCAAGUUCAACUGAAAAGUUACAGUCGUUAUUUCAGUGCAGCUCCAGAUUUUGGUUUGCAUUCCCCGCUUUAACCCUCAGUGAUGUGUUUUAGUCUCCUCUGCUACAGUCCCUUAAACCUUUUAUUGGUCUUAUCUUUCAGCUAUUAGCCUGCAGUGUUGUGCUA